AGUUGAUGGUGGAAGAGUUAUUAGUUAUGACUUGUGACUUUUUGGUGGGGUCUCUGUGAAUAAUAAAUUUUUGGUGAUAUAGUUCUUCCAACAUUUAUUGGAUGAUGAUGACCAAGGGAAAGACAAUAGUGAAGAAAUGUCAAUUAUGGGUUAUUCUCUAUUUGAUCGUUGGACUGGUAAAUUGUGUUGAGUGCCAAAAUGAUACCAAUAGAAAGUUAAUCAGAAGAAAGCGCUAUUUAACCUUUCCUGAAGGGAGUUCCCUGCAAGUUAUCUAUGAUCAAACUAUCCCUACAGUUGCCCUACCCUUAGUUUUUACAGUUGGUGUAACAGUUGCUAUUGCCUAUGAAUUGCCAUCGAAACCCUUUAGUGAAUUGGCUGAGGAUUUCCGGAAUAAAUUUAAAGUGCUUAAGAAUGAUAAUACAUCCAAAUCUGAUAAUAUCAAACAUAUAACAUAUACGUCGAAUAUCGAUUGGAAAAAGCUCUACAAAAGUGAAAAUAAACACAAUCUAUAUUAUCUGGAUAAGCCACAACUUCCCUCAAGUGUUCAGUAUGAGAUUAGGCGAAAGGAUCCACCACAGAUAUACUACGAGAACAAUAGACCCAAUCCUUGGAUAACUAGCGAUAAGUUUAACUACUAUUUCAGUGGAAAUCGCAAUAAUUAUGGCAAUGAAGAUAAGAAAUUUAAUUAUAUCAAAAUGUUAGCUAAUCAGUAUGCUGCUGCAUCGAUCCCCAAGAACACAAAGAAGGAGAAUAUUAAUAGGAGCUUUAGCAGAAAGUUACCUCAUCGAAAGCACUUAAUUCAACCUGUUUUUGGGAAAAGAAGUAUCAAGGAUGACGAUGAUGAUGAUGAUGAAGCUGAACUCCACAAAAUCUACCACAUUUCGACAAGGCAACAACUCUAUGGUAGCAUAGAGAGAUAUCUGGAAGACAAAGGAAUAUCCGGAAGGGGAUGUGUUCUAAAAUCCCUCUGUGAGUCUCGAAAUAACAAAGAUUUGCCAAACACUUUCAUUGGAGCCAUUCUUAAAAGCAUUUUUCGGCUUCCCAAACUCGAUCUUGUUGGAGAAAAUGAUAUAAGAGAUUACAUGAAAGCUCAUCAUGAAGUGAAUGACUGUACUGAGACGUAUUCCAUCUGCAAAAGCAGUUUCUGGGCAUCUGAAUUUGUUAAAUAAACAACCAAGAAUAUGACACGAUAAAUAUUAUUAUUAAAAUAAAUAGUGAAUAAUCCAUGAGACCACAUGAUCCAUUUAUAGAAUUCACAUUAAGCUAAAUGUUUGCCAUUAAUCCUAUUAGCAAUAUAUAUUUACAAUAACACGUAGGGCUUUAUGGCUCAGUACACAAUAUUUACAUUAGAUAUUAUUUUCAAUUUACUAUUCAGAAUAUUUAAAUUCUCAGCAGUACAUAAAAUUUAUGGUAUAUCAUUCGAAAUUGUGCAUCCAACGAGAUCUACAAAAUAAAAUUAUCCGCACCA